AUGGCCACCAUCAUAGAAGCUUCCUCCUGCAGCAGAUGGGAACCAAUACAGAGGCACACAGCUGGACAAUAUGUGGAGAGAAAAGAGGUUUGCUAUAACAACCUUGGAUGCUUUUCUGAUACUGAACCCUGGGCUGGGACAGCCACCAGGCCUCUAAAAGUUCUCCCUUGGAGCCCUGAGAAAAUAAACACCCGCUUCCUGCUCUACACCAAUGAGAAUCCAAAUGCUUUCCAGCUUCUCCAGCCUUCUGAUCCAUCGACCAUUGAGGCCUCCAACUUUCAAGUGGCCAGGAAGACCCGGUUCAUUAUCCACGGCUUCAUAGACAAGGGAGAAGAGAACUGGGUGUUAGACAUGUGCAAGAACAUGUUCAAAGUGGAGGAGGUGAACUGCAUCUGUGUGGACUGGAAGCGAGGCUCCCAGACCACCUACACGCAGGCCGCCAACAACGUGCGAGUCGUGGGUGCCCAGCUGGCUCACAUGCUUGAUGUCCUUGUGACAAACUACAGCUACUCACCUUCCAAAGUCCACCUCAUUGGCCACAGCCUAGGAGCCCAUGUGGCCGGGGAAGCAGGAAGUCGGACUCCAGGCCUAGGCAGGAUUACUGGACUGGACCCAGUAGAAGCGAGUUUUGAAGGCACUCCCAAAGAGGUCCGACUCGACCCCUCAGACGCUGACUUCGUUGAUGUGAUUCACACAGAUGCAGCCCCCUUGAUCCCAUUCUUGGGUUUUGGAACAAAUCAAAUGAUGGGCCACGUUGAUUUCUUCCCCAACGGGGGACAGAACAUGCCUGGGUGCAAGAAGAAUGCCCUGUCACAGAUUGUGGACCUAGAUGGCAUCUGGUCAGGAACCCGGGACUUUGUGGCUUGUAACCACCUGAGAAGCUACAAGUACUACUUGGAGAGCAUCCUUAACCCUGAUGGGUUUGCUGCAUACCCCUGUACUUCCUACAAAGACUUUGAGUCUGACAAAUGCUUCCCCUGUCCAGUUCAAGGCUGCCCACAGAUGGGUCACUAUGCCGAUCAGUUUGCGGGCAGGAUAAGCGAGCAACCACAAAAGUUCUUCUUGAACACAGGAGAUGCCAAGAACUUUGCACGUUGGAGGUACAGGGUUUCCUUGACACUGUCUGGAAGAAGAGUCACUGGGCAGGUCAAAGUGGCUCUGUUUGGAAGUAAAGGCAACACUCAACAGUAUGAUGUCUUCAGGGGCAUUAUGAAGCCAGGUGCUACACAUUCCAAUGAGUUUGAUGCCAAACUUGAUGUGGGAACAAUUGAGAAAGUCAAGUUUCUUUGGAAUAAUCACGUGGUAAACCCGAGCUUCCCCAAAGUGGGUGCAGCCAAGAUCACCGUGGAAAAGGGAGAGGGGCAGACGGUGUACGCUCUGAACUGUAACCCGUUGCUCAACACUCAGAUAGCGGUAGCUUUCCUAGGGAUGAUGGACCACGCCAGUACCAAACACUGUGUCUCCCUGCAGACACGCUGUGACCUCAUCGAUGCCAAUAAAAUCCUCUGCCGCACGUGCCCUCGCACGCAGUGUCUAUCUCGGGUGUCAGCCACCACCCAUGGGGGCAUUCAGCAACUGGAUAUUGAAAACGCUGACUAG